AUGCAUCUGCACCGACUCUCUUUCUUGGCGGCCUUGGCUGGGGCUGUUCAGCCUGUUAUGGCCGUGCCUCCCUCCCCGAAGGCUGCGGAGGGGCAAUGCAAGAAGACAACUGUUGCUAUUCUGGGAGGUGGAAUGGCUGGUAUUUCCACCGCUCAAGCGUUGCAUAAUGCCUCGGUCCAUGACUUUGCCAUUCUCGAGUAUCGAGAUACUAUCGGUGGUCGCGCAUGGCACGUUCCUUUCGGCGAGGAUCAAGAUGGCAAGCCAUAUACCAUUGAGAUGGGUGCCAACUGGGUUCAGGGCCUAGGAAACCCGGGCGGGCCCCAGAACCCUAUUUGGACCUUGGCCCAGAAGUAUCAUCUGAAAACUCACUACUCAGAUUAUGAUAACAUCUCCACUUACAACGAGCAUGGCUAUAAGGACUAUAGCCAUCUGCUCGAGAAGUAUGAUGAUGCCUAUGAUAUUGCCAACAUGAGGGCUGGUGAAAUCCUGUCCCAGAACCUGCAGGAUCAGUCUGCUCAGAGUGGUCUGGCGCUAGCUGGAUGGAAUCCGAAGAAGCAUGACAUGGAGGCUCAGGCUGUGGACUGGUGGAAAUGGGACUUUGAAGAUAACUUCACUCCGCUGGAAAGCUCUCUCGUGUUUGGCUGUGCAGGAGACAAUUUGACUUCAAACACAUUCAGCGACCACGAUAACUUCGUCACCGACCAGCGUGGCUUUAACAUCCUCAUCAAGGAAAUGGCAUCCACAUUUUUGAAAAAGAAUGACCCGCGCCUGAAUCUCAACACCCAAGUCGAAGAGAUCGAAUAUUCCGAAGAUGGCGUCACCAUCCACAACAGUGAUGGCAGCUGUGUCAGUGCAGCAUACGCCAUCUGCACCUUCUCCCUCGGUGUCCUGCAGAACGAUGCCGUCAAAUUCACCCCAAAGCUCCCAGACUGGAAACAAGAAGCCAUUCAGAAGUUCACGAUGGGCACAUACACUAAGAUCUUCAUGCAAUUCAACGAGACCUUUUGGCCUACAGAUACUCAGUACUUCCUCUACGCCGACCCGACUACUCGCGGCUGGUACCCAAUCUUCCAAUCCCUUUCGAUGCCAGAAUUCCUCCCUAACUCGAAUAUCAUGUUCGUAACGGUGACCAACGAAUUCUCCUGGCGCGCUGAACGCCAAGGCGACGAAAGAACCAAAGCCGAGAUCAUGGAGGUCCUCCGCAAGAUGUGGCCUGACAAGAACAUCCCCGAGCCAACCUCCUUCCUCUUCCCGCGCUGGAGCACGGAGCCCUGGUCCUACGGAAGCUACUCUAACUGGCCGCCUUCGACGACCCUAGAGAUGCACGAGAACCUGCGCGCAAACAACGAUCGUCUCUGGUACGCAGGCGAGGCCACCAGUCCCACUUACUUUGGGUUCUUGCACGGAGCAUGGUUUGAGGGCCAAGACGCCGGUCGCAAUAUCGCAGCUAUCAUGCAGAACCGGUGUGUCAAUGUUAAAGAGUCCAAAUUGAGGGAGUGUGGGCCUCGUAGGCAUUAUGAGACGCUGAAGGGCACUUCGCCGUUGGCGGAUUAUACGGCGGUGAAUGGAUGGACUGCAAACAGUUUCUAUGAUAGCAAUACUGAUUAG